UUUUUUUUCCAUUUCAGGAGCCCUGUGUUUCAAAUAUAAGGAAAUCUGCAUAGAUAAGACAAUAGAAAUAAUACGCGUACUUUGAGAGAAAUCAUGAAUCUUUUUGGUGGAAGAGGCAUUGUUCAAAGGAAGUAUUUCAAAUCCAUGGUUUUCCUUGCUAUGAUCAAUGUUGUUCUAGUCGGAAUUUUAAUCAGUAGACCAAAAAAUAUGCCAGAAUCUUGUCAAUCCAAGAAUGAUGUGGUGCAACAGACAUUGAAAACCCUUGAUCCCUCAAAAAUCCCGGAAAAUGCCAUUUAUUUGAUGGAGACAUCAGGAUUGCCCAUGUUGAGUCCCAAACAGCUCUGUGCAGUUGAGUCUGCAGCUCUACAUCACCCCAACAGAUCCGUGGUAAUGGCAGUGAAUAACAAGUUCUUGCAACUGCCCAUAGUUUUGAAAUCCUGGUCUGAAAGGUACCCAAAUGUCAUGUUCAUCAAUUUGGACAUUGUCCAAUGGCUGAAUGGGACCAUUCUUUUGCCAUGGCUUUCUAAAAACUUACUUGACAAGAGUCCAUUUAAAACUGCUCAAGCCAGUAAUGCACUGAGGUAUGUCACCCUGUUCAAAUAUGGUGGAUUGUACUUGGAUACUGAUGUGAUUGUCAUGAGGCCAAUGGAAGAUCUGGUGAAUGCUGUGGGUCUUCAGGGUACCAAUGUGCUUAAUAAUGCUGUAUUGGCAUUUGAGAAGCACCAUCCCUACAUGGAAGCCUGCAUGAAUGAGCUGUCUGCAAAGUUCAAUCCUUACAAAUGGGGUUCCAAUGGACCACAUUUGUUGACAAGGGUGAUCCGCACCUUGUGCAAGUUCAAUGCAACAAAUUUACUGAAACCUGGUUACUGUAAGGGCAUCAGAAUAUUGGACAUCGGUGCAUUUUACCCAGUCCCACCUAAUUCAUGGAAACUUUCGUUCAAUCAUGAUCAAAAUAUUUCUGCAAGUAUUCUCAAAAGGGCUGAGCAGAGCUAUACCAUGCAUUACUGGAAUAAUGCAUCUGUGGAUAAGCCCAUUCAACUUGAGCAACCUAUGAAUGCAGAAGAGUUUCUUGACCUUGAAUGCAAUGCCCCAACAAAUGAAGAAUUGUCAGAGGAUGAAAUCAUCAAGAUUGUCAGCAAUGAGGAAAAUUGCCAAAUAUCCUCAGAAGAAGAAGAAGAGGUUGAAGAACAGCCUGUUCCAACAACAAAAGAAGCUAAGGAGGCACUUAUGAAAGUGCAACAUUUCUUGGAGAAGCAUUGUAAGGAGAUCAGUGCCACAGAUCAUGUGAUUGCCCUGGACAACCUCAUUUCAAAAAUUGGAGAGAAGAAAAAGAGGCAGACAUCUAUUCACAACUUUUUCAUGCCUAUCAAUGCUCAAGGUUUUGGUGAAGUCAGUGAAGACCAGUCAGUUGGAAGAGGUGCUGUCAUCAUGUGUGUAAAGUGGAUUGAGGGGAACAGUGCCCCUCUGAGCAUGGAGGAUCAGGACUUCAAAUCACCUUGUGGGAAGGUGCAGAAGUUGGACAAGGAUAUUGGCGUCAUGAAGUUCCCGGAAGGCAAGGUGGAGCUUGCGCCGGUUUUUGGCCGGCUGAAUGCUGAUUGCCUUCACCAAUUAAAUACUCUGCUGCCCAUAUUCUUUUCAUAUUCUUGA